GGUAGUAACUACAGAGAGACUGAAAGCUUCUCCCGCGGCGCGGCGGCUGAGAACAGCUCACGGAAUGCUUCUGCCUCGUCAGGUCGUUCGCUGCAGCGUUGCGGAACCCGCCGUGUGACGGGCCGGGCUUCCGGGGGGACAUUAAUUGUGGCCGGACGCAGUGGCGCGGCAGUUUAAUUCUCCGGCGGCGGCUGACGGUGCGGGCGAGAUGGUCGUGACGGGGCUCAUCAGGAAACUCGGUCACCCGCUGGCCGAGAUCCGGGCGCGCGCGCUCCGGAGCCUGCUCUGCAAGGUGGAGCACAGCCUGGUCUGCGGCGCCGACCUCGCCCCCGAGCGGCUGCUGUGUCUGCACCUGCUGCGGUGGUUCAGCUUCCCGGCCGUCCCCAUGAAGGAAGAGGCUCUGAGCCUGUUGAGUAGGCUGGUGAAGUAUCCCCCAGCGGUCCAGCAUUUGGUUGAUCUUGGUGCAGUCGAAUUCUUAUCUAAACUUCGUUCUAACGUGGAGCCAAAUCUACAGGCUGAAAUUGAUGGCAUUUUGGAUGGACUUUUUAUUCUUCCUUCAGAAGUUCCUGCGCUGUAUUCUGCAUCUUACCAAACCGAUCAAACUGAAUUGCCACAACCUGAAAUCUUAAAAGGAUAUUUUCCUCAAGACAAAAGUAAUUUCCAGCAGAUAGAAGUGCCUCCACGACCAAUGGUGAAUCAGACUGUCAAGUGCUUGAGGUUUUCCACGUUCCCUUGGCUGCCCCUGACUACCACCGACAGACACGUUCUCUCCUCUAAUGAAAGCUCUUUAAGAAGUAGUAACCACAUUUUAAUCUGGAACACCUGUGAACUAUUGAAGGAUGUUAUCAUGCAAGAUUUUCCUGCUGAGAUUUUCCUUCAAAGGCCAAAAAUUGUUCAGAGCCUUUUAUCUCUGUUGAAGCUGGCCUUUGGAGGAGAUGGGAAACAUCGCCUGGCGUUACAGUCGGUGUCCUGCCUGCAGCAGCUGUGCACGUAUUUAAGAAACAGACUUAACUUUCACCGAGAUCCGGGUUUUUUCUCUAAUAAACAAGAUACAGUUUCCCAAAAUUCUUCUUUGUCGUAUUGUCCUGACGUAAGAGUUACUCAUCAUUCCCAGAAUCCUUCUCCGGGAAGCAGCAGCCCCCGGCCUUCUGUGGUUGGGCGCACAGGCCAGCGACCCAGAGGAGAUGGCCAGGAUUGGGAUGCAGUGUCUUCCAGUGGAAGUAGCAGUCAUGCUCACGUGAACUCCAGGAUGUCUGUGCAUUCACCUUUGGGGACAGCGCACGUGGAUCUGCCCGAGCUGCCAGCUGAAGACGCCGUGGAGCUGCAGUUCCAGCAGCUCAGUCUCCCCCAGUUCUGUGUCUCCCUUCUGGAAUCAGCAGUUCCUCUCUUAAGAACAGGUAGUAGACACAUGAUAAUAAGAGUUCUGGAAUUGCUUGCAGAGGAUAUGAUACUCAUUGGUGAAGCAAUUUCAGCAGAUAUCUGGGAUGACAGCAGCCUUUUUGCUAUAGAUAUGAAAGAGAAACUGCUCAUGGUGUUGGGGUCCCUUGGAGACACCGUGUGUUACCAUAAAAGCAGUGUCAGUUUGGAGCAACCAGAGGUGGCGCUGGUGCACCACAGGAUGGCCUUUGUCAGCAUUUCACUGUUUGCAGUUCGGCUGCUGCAAAUGCUUCUCCCUGUUGAAAAGGCCAGCCACUUUUUACCAGAGCCUAUGUCAGCAGCGUUAUUUCUAGUUUCUUUGGACAUGCCUAUUUCUUUGGAAUAUCCGAAUAUUCAUGAAGCUGUUGUGGCCUAUUUGGAACAGCUGAAUUCUGAAAACUACAGUAUUUAUAAACGAACUGCAGAGGCCGUUUAUUCAAUUGAAUGUGCCUGUAACUUUCUGUCUGACGUUGAGAAGGAGGGAGAGAAGAAUCUCUUAGAAUUAGUGGAGCUGGCAGACCAAGCCUUGCGUAGCUUUUCCUUUCAUCAGCAUUUCCCCCUAAUAAAGGAAAUCAUCUGCAUUUGUUCAGAGAUCUGGAAAUCUGCACAGGCUAGUCCAUUACUACAAGGAGAAAGUCAGAAGGUGUUUCUACGUAUGUUGUCUCACCCAUUGCUACAAGUGAAAGUUGAAACUUACCACUGCUGUCUGGAAAUUAUUAAGGAAUGUUUAGGUGUCCAUAAUGUCACUAAACCUGUGUCUUCACUUUGUAAUGGAAUUCAUUUUCUACUUCACCCAAAAGUUCUGUAUGAAAUCUCUGCAUUUGGCAUGCAAGAGCCCGAAAAUGAGGUGAAUGCUGCUGCCAAGGCCAUUCUGAUGUAUCUGCUGCAGGGACGAUUGAUGAUGACAGCGCUGACCUGGAACAAGUUUAUCGAGUCUCUCUGUCCUGUCAUUCCAAUACUGCAGGGCUAUGCUGACACAGAAGAUCCCUUGGGUAACAGCAUUCUCCUUCUAAGCCAAGACAGUUCUGAGGCGGGCGAAGGGAUUCUCCCCUGUACCAUCCGACUAAAGUCCAUGCUGCGACUCCUGCUAGUGAAAAAGCCCUCGGUCCGUUCGCUGGCGUUAAAGCUGUUAGCAUGUCAUCUUACACGGGAAGAAGGGGCUGAUACAAAGCGCCCUUCAAUAGAUGCCAGAGUUCUCUCCAGAGUUACUAACUUGUUUAUUGUGAAAAAACCUAUUGAACUCAAACUGGAUGACAGAAGAGAACUGAUUAUUAAGGUGGAGACUGUCGAAAAGGUGUAUGAAAUCUUUAUCUCAGAUGAUAUGGAUCUUGUUUUGAGAAAGUCAGCCGCAGAGCAGUUAGCUGUGAUUAUGCAAGAUAUUAAAAUGCAUGCUGUGGUGAAAAAGUUAUGCUUAAUUGACAAGAUAAUUGUGUAUUUAAAUGAAUGUGUGGGUCAGGACGGUGAGGGUAUAGAAUGUUUAAUGCAGCCGUGCCUCACACUCUUGAGGAAAGUUCUUUCUGCUGACCCAGUCGUGCGUGUUUCCCUCUCGCAGCAGUCUUCUCUCUUGACCCUGUUGUUCAGAGUUUCCUUGAUAUUUCAUGAAGAUUGUACAGUCGUGACUGAAGUUGGAGCAUUAUUUUGUCUUCUAUUAUUUGAUGAAGUAUCAAGAAUGGAUAUGUGGUCUGUUAAUCCUUCCAAUAAACCUUCUUCACCAUCAGUCUUCAGUUUGCCUGUUUCAGUUUUUAGAAGGUAUCAUCUACCAGUACACGUACUUGGCCACCAUGCUGUGAGUCCUUACUCCAUAGUUCUGCCCUUAUCUGCUGAUUGUUUGGCCCUGAAGCCCGUCUCAGAUAUGCUGCGAGUAGCUUGGAACCUGUCCUGGUAUCAUGGGAGUGACAAUCUGUUGAAGGAAAUGAACUCUGAAACUAAAAUCCAAGAGUUUUCAGGUACAUUGCAGUUAUCUCCCGAGGACACCCUUACUCUGAAGGUGACACACACGGCGAGUGGGCUGAGGGACUGUCUCCAUUCCAUCGUUCAGGCUGCAGCCCACAGGGACGUGAGGGCCGCUGUCACGAGGAUGAGCUUUUACCUUCUGAACGACAGGUUGUCUUUAAAGGGUGGCGCUGGCCCGUGUGGGGUUACCUUGAAGGCCUUGGCUUGGCACACAGCACUAAACAGAUUUUUACAAGUGCUUCCUGCUUGCACUGAAGAUGAGAAACUGCUAAUAGAUAUCAUACAUUUUUUAAAUAAGUUAUUGAAGGAACAAAGGAAAAAUUCAUCAGUAGAACUUCUAAACUGGCUUCUAGAAUUACUCCUUAGACAUAGUCCAAACCCACUAUUAGACCUGCUGGUUCUGACAGAGUCACAGACACGAGAGGAAGCAGAUGACAUCCGGACUGCUGUUAGGCAGCAACUCCAGAAAGAACUCAUUGCUCUUUUCAAUACCUUGCUGCUCAGUUUCAUGGCAGUUACUGACAGGAAGUGCUUGGAACUUUUUUAUGUUUUCCAAACACAGCUGGCUCUGAAACUGCUCCAGUGUCUGAGAGUCACGGAUGCUCCUCAUUUCUAUGGCCUGCCUUCCCUCGAGAGGACCUUACGAGGGAUGGCUCACCUCACGGCGUUUCCGGGAUGGAGCUCACAUUCUCCUCUCACAAAGCCGCUCGAAAUUUGUAUGAAGUACUUGUCAGGUCUCCUUGAAGUCAUUACUUCCUUUUAUGUGGAGCGUGGAGGAAAUGCUAUGUCCUUCAUGGGAAAAGGCGUCACAAAGAGCACAGUUCUUUGCUUGCUGCACUUGUCUCAUGAGAUGAUGGCCCAGGCCCAGAGCUCGGAGUGGAUGCCACUCUGGUUCUUGCCUCUGGGCAGUCACAGUGAAGAACACCCUCCUCCUCAGCAAGGAUUGGCUUGGUUGAUUCCGUUAUGGGUUGAUCGAGACCCAGAGGUGAGGUUCACUUCACUGGGAUUAGGAUCAGCACUGACCACCCUUGAAACUGGCUGUGUGGCCUUGGCAAGCAGUUGUCAAAACAUUUCUGGUGGGCUCUGGGGAACUGUGGUGAACAUUCUUCUGGACCAGUCGGAAUGCAGUAUGGUGCGCCGGGAGGCCGCAUUUAUUCUUCAGAAUCUCCUUGUAAUUCCAAUGCCUUCAGAAAUUAUAAAGGAUUAUACUUGGCAGGGCCCCUGUGUCCACGAUGAGGACUCUGGCCUAUCGCUCAUAGGAAAACCCGCCCUUCAGGCUCUUUUAUAUCACUGCCAUUUUUAUGACCAUUUGAAUCAGAUGGUAAAACAUUGUUACCUGGGACGGUAUAUGUUUGAUUUGAAUUGUUCUGCCCUUGAUGGAACUUCAGAAGGCAGCGAUUUAAGUGGUUUAGAUGACUCAUUCAAGUUUUGGAGGGCUCCAUCUAGGAUGUCCAAUCAAGAUCGAGAUCCGAGUUCUCUUUCCACCUCGGAAACAAUGGUCGCACCUUCAUCAGAGAGUGCUGAAUUUCCCCAACUUGUGCCCUCAGCAGCGCCUCUUCCUGAAGCCUCACAUGACCAAUUUGUGGCUCAAGGUCAGCAUGAAAGUGUGUCACCACGGCUUCCUCGUGAUUCCUCCCUCUCUGCUCCUCUGCCCAGACAGUGUGUUUUUGUCACUCCGCCUCUUCUGUCAGCUGUGUGCAGCCUCUUAGACAGCCUUUUGGCGAUUGCUCCAAGAGACACUGCGGAUGCUUUUCGACAAGCUCGUCUCAUAGAGCUUCUCUGUAGUAUUGCAGAUGCCGCCCUCAUAGAGACAUGUGUCCAGGAACUCAAGGCCCCGCUGCCUUCGUCUCCUCCAGUUGAGCACACACAGGCUCAGGCGUCCUUCCUCCUAGAGUACCUGUCCUCUUUGUCUAGGCUUCUGCAGUCAUGUUUGUUGGUAGAUCCUGACCUUGUGAUUCAGGACGAGCUUCUGAGACCUCUUAUCACAAACAUCAUCAGAGUCCUUACCAUAUGCACCAAAGAUGUAUUAGAUGUAGAGUUAAUAUCGACUUUUUAUCAGACGUGGACACAUUUGUUUAACCUUCUGGCCACACUCCUGAGGAAAGCUGGGGCUGCCUCUCUCCCAUCUAUUACGAUGGGUCUGGCCAAGCACUGGGCAGCGGUGAUUGAGAUGUUCUGCAAAUGUGUGGGUUUGUCUACUACAUGCCCUUCCCUCUACACGGCCAGCCUGCAAUUCCUUUCUAUUCUCUUGACUGAAGAAGCAAAAAGGUGUCUCCGGGAUAAGGAUAAAACAAAUUUAUGCCGCAGUCCAACAAUGGCUUCACUUCUUGAUAAAAGUCAGGAAAAUCAGAAAUCUCUAGAACGACUUAAUGAAGUAAUUAUUCAGUGCUAUGAAGGAAAGCCCUCCAGAGAUAUCCUGAAGAGAGUUGCUGCGAGUGCACUGAUGUCUCUUCUGGCCGUCAGCAGAAGAGCACAGAAACACGCCUUGAAAGCCGAUCUGAUAGACACCUGCGUGGAGCAGAUGAAGCACGUUAACGCACAGCUGAACCUGGACACGCUGAGGCCCGGGAAGGCGGCUCUGAAGAGAAAGGAGGAUGGCUUUGUUAAAGAGUUAAGCAUUGCCAUGCAGCUCCUAAGAAACUGUCUUUAUCAAAAUGAAGAAUGUAAAGAAGCAGCUCUUGAAGCUCAUCUUGUCCCUGUCUUGCACUCUCUCUGGCCUUGGCUUCUGAUGGACGAUUCGUUGAUGCAAAUUGCCCUGCAGCUACUUUGUGUCUAUACUGCAAAUUUCCCAAAUGGUUGCAGUUCUCUUUGUUGGUCAAGUUAUGGACAGUAUCCUGUUCAAGCUGCAUAUAGAGGAGCCCCCGGCAGCUCUCUGAUGCUCUGUAUCCUGAAGUUGGCUUCCCAGAUGCCUCUCGAGAACACCGCAGUUCAGCAGAUGGUCUUUCUCUUUCUUUCAAACCUGGCCUUGUCACAUGACUGUAAAGGAGUAAUUCAGAAAAGUAACUUCUUACAGAACUUUCUAUCUCUAACAUUGCCAAAAGGAGGAAAUAAACAUCUCAGUAAUCUGACCAUUCUUUGGUUGAAGUUACUCCUGAAUAUAUCAUUUGGAGAAGAUGGGCAACAAAUGAUCCUGAGGCUUGAUGGCUGUCUAGACUUACUUACAGAGAUGAGCAAAUACAAGCAUAAGAGCAGCCCUUAUAUACCACUUCUUAUUUUUCAUAAUAUUUGCUUCAGUCCUGCCAAUAAGCCCAAGAUCCUGGCUAAUGAAAAAGUCAUUAGUGUGCUAGCUGCCUGUCUGGAAAGCGAGAAUCAAAAUGCUCAGAGGAUUGGAGCAGCUGCGCUUUGGGCUCUGAUUCACAAUUAUCAGAAGGCAAAAACAACUUUGAAAAACCCAUCCAUAAAAAGAAGAGUGGAUGAAGCAUACUCCUUAGCAAGGAAAGCUUUCUCAAACUCAGAAGAAGCCCCUCUAAAUGCCUAUUAUUUGAAAUGUCUUGAAAACCUCGUGCAGCUUCUGAACUCUUCGUGAGCGCUGUGAGGUGCUCUGCCCUGAAGCUGACGUCCACCAGAUAGGUGAGCCAAGCUUGAAGCAAGCUCUCUGUGCAGCACCUGCUGCCUGAAGACAUGCUAAAUCUCUACCAGGUGUGGAUGCCCUUCCUUCCUAACAAGAAACGGAACUGGUGACGUCCCAGCUCUGUCCCUUCACACCAGCUCUCUACCAUAAGAGCAGCGGACAAGGAGAUGGCGGAGUAAAGACAUAGAAAGUUCUGGGAACAUACACAUUUGUACAUUUUCCUGUGCAAUUUGUUUUAAAAAAUCAUAUU